GCCACCCAAACUGAUUGCUGAUUGGAGGCCACUCAGAAUGGCCCAGCUAUCCAUCUAGCCAACAGUGUUUCCAGGCUGUAACCACAGCGAAAACUGAGCUGUGAGCAGUAGGCGGGCGGAGCCAGGCUAAAUAGACUAUAUUCUACGAUGGUAGAAAUGAGUGUUAGUUUUGGUACUCGAGCUUUUACUUUUAUUCCUUAGCCUGUCUGACGAUAAUGUCAAGCUCUUCAAUUUAGUGUCUGUUGUUGAUUUGCUUUUUUUUUUCGUUCUCGGCAGAAUCCUGUAAUAAGUCGAAGACGAAACAUCGAGAGGCGUUUGUUUCCCUAGCGAGUUGAAUAUCUUUAAAGUCUCGAUCUUCGGAACCUUGAACUAUUUUGUAUCGGAAUGAUAGCUGCAUUGACUCUUCUCUGGCGUGAAAUUGCGGCAAUGUGAAAAAGGGAGAUUGUUUGUCUGUUGUUUUAGCGUCUCUUAGGACCUGCGUCGGAGCGACUGCGUUGUUUACGAGUCAAGACUGCUUAUGCCAAGUCCAUUACAUAAUAAUUUCAAAUGCUAUAAGCUCUCCGUGGCUUACAAGCACGGUUAGUUAGUUGAAUAUUUAAUUUCCCCGAACUGUGGUAAGCCUGUUUGUUACAUUAUUGAAAUUACUAUAUCGUUUGCUAAAUGGCAUUUCACAGGACCUAUAUUAGUGUUAGCUAUGCAAUUUUCGGCAUAUUGGUCGGCUUGUCAGCAUUUGUAGUGUGGAAUGUCGUGUACAAACAACCAUGGACGGCGGCGAUGGGUGGUUUAUCAGGUGUUCUGGCACUGUGGUGCCUUGUUACACAUGUCAUGUACAUCCAGGACUACUGGCGCACCUGGCUGAAGGGACUCAAGUUCUUCAUCUUCGUCAGUGGACUCUUCUCCCUUCUUGCUGUGGUGGCUUUUGCUGUCUUUCUCACCCUUGCCAUCACGCAAAAGCAAGCUCCAACUGACCCCACCAACUUCUAUCUGUCCUGUGUGUGGAGUUUCCUUACUUUCAAAUGGGCAUUCCUCCUCGGCCUCUACUCCCAUCGAUACCGCCAAGAAUUCGCUGACAUCAGCAUCCUCAGUGACUUCUGAUUGGACGCUUCCUUGAAGAGAUGAGGAAUCUGGAGAACUCACUGGUGAUAACCAGGUCAAGCAGAGUUUGUGAG